GAGUGCGGUAGUUCAGUCUUACGGUGUUGUCCAAAAUAUCAAGUAAAAUAGAGGUCCUUAUAAAGGUGUAUUGCAUGGGGUUUCUGUACUGGAUCAAGUGUGUCCUUGGCUAGCUAGCUGCAUUCCAAUAAACAUGUCCCUAUACGAUGAUCUGGGUGUGGAGACCAGCGACACCAAGACCGAAGGCUGGUCCAAAAACUUCAAGCUCCUGCAGUCGCAGCUGCAGGUGAAGAAGGCUGCGCUUACACAGGCAAAGAGUCAGCGGUCGAAGCAGACCACGGUCCUGGCACCGGUGAUCGACCUGAAGAGGGGCAGCUCUGGCGAUGACAGACAGAUUUCAGACACGCCUCCGCACGUGGCCGCAGGGCUCAAGGACCCAGUCCCGGGCGGGUUCUCCUCGGGUGACGUGCUGAUCCCCCUGGCGGACGAGUACGACCCGAUGUUCCCGAAUGACUACGAGAAGGUGGUGAAGCGCCACCGGGAGGAGAGGCAGAGACAGCGGGAGCAGGAGAGGCAGAAGGAGAUCGAGGAGAGAGAGAAGAAGCGUAAGGAGCGUCACGAUGGCGGCGCCCCCAGUGGAUUCUCCCGUUUCCCAACAGAGGGAGAGUCUGAUGAAGAGGAGGACUACGAGAAAGAGAGGAGGAAACGGAGUAUGGGUGGAGCUGCUAUUGCCCCACCCACAUCACUGGUGGAGAAGGACAGAGAGCUCUUGGCCGCAGGGUACGGGUACGAGGAUGAGACAAGGCCACGUGUCCCCUCGUCGAAAGCUGCCAUCCCGCCACCCAUGUACGAGGAUUCGGACCGCCCACGUUCCCCUCCCGGACCUGCUAACUCCUUCUUGGCCAACAUGGGCGGGACUGUGGCCCAUAAGAUCAUGCAGAAGUACGGCUUUCGGGAGGGCCAGGGCCUGGGGAAGCACGAGCAGGGCCUUAGCACCGCCCUGUCUGUGGAGAAGACCAGCAAGAGAGGCGGCAAGAUCAUCAUAGGCGACGUCACCGAAAAGACAGCAGCAUCCAGUCAGAGUGUUUCUGUUGCACCCGCGGGUGAAAUGCCCAACUGGAGCACAGGGCCUGCAGCGGACAGUGCAAAGAAAUCGGAUACCAACCCACUGACAGAGAUCCUCAAAUGUCCCACCAAAGUGGUGUUACUGCGGAACAUGGUAGGGAGAGGAGAGGUGGACGAGGACCUGGAGGCCGAGACCAAAGAGGAGUGCGAGAAAUACGGCAAAGUCAUCAAGUGUGUGAUCUUCGAGAUCUCUGGUGUGUCAGACGAAGAGGCCGUCAGGAUAUUCCUGGAGUUCGAGAGAGUGGAGUCCGCCAUCAAAGCUGUUGUUGACCUGAAUGGAAGAUACUUCGGCGGACGGGUGGUGAAGGCCUGCUUCUACAAUCUGGACAAGUUCCGAGUGUUGGACCUUGGGGAACAGGUGUGAGACAGGUGUGGACAGCGAGAGGGGGAUUCCACCAUCCCCCCCAUCCCUCCAUCCUUGCUCUCCAAACCCAUGAGGCUGAAGGCAGAGGGACGUCUUUGCGCGCCUUACUGUGAUGCGUUUCUGUCCGACAGCCUGUGAACAUCCAUAGUCAUCACUAACUGUACAGUCAAGUCUCCCUCAGCCCUUUAUUUCAGUUGUUUGUUGUAGCUAUUACAACAUUACAUUGUGCAAAGGAUGGGUUGUUGUAUUAGUUAACAGGAGUGUGGUGCGCAAUAAUUUCCAGUAGAAUUAAAUAAUAAAUUUUAAACAGUGUAUCAGCAGUCAUGGUAAGUAGUAGUUGUUACAUGUACAGAGCAGUUCUGAGUUUGACCAUCUCCCCUUCGUGUAAACUGAACUGUCUGCUGUGUUGCUUGCAUCAUUGUUUCAAGACUUUAGCUCGUACAUCUAAC